AUGACGUUGUCGUUCGGUGGAGCCCAAGUUUGCGACAUAAGUGCAGCAGGAACCACACGCCGACUCAAGGAAGAGCGCAAGCGUCAAGAGGAGAAACGCCGUGCCCUGCAGGUGGAAGAAGAAAAAACUCGACAAUCGCAAGAAGAAAAGGAACGACAACUGCAAAUACAAGGUCAGCGUCGGAAGGCAUUACUAGGUAGCGCACAAGCCCCAGUUCAAGGUACAGCAACAGCAGAAUCUGCAGUGAGCACCAAGCAUAUCGUUGCCAAGCCGGGAUAUUUACAAGCAUCUACUCGUUCGGCUGCUACAUCAAUUGCGCCAUGGUCACUUCGAUCGCCGAAAGCCAACAGCGCCGCGCCUGGACUGGCUGAGAUACAAAAGGCAGAAAGGAGAGAACGACGCGCGGAUCAGCAGCGACAGCAGGAACAGUUGGACAAACAAAUGCGUGCCUCUGCAGCAGCUGCAGCCGAGGCGAACGAUGCUCUUUUAAAGUGGCAGGCAGCACCCGCUCCGGCGCCCGUUAUGAGCCUGGCUGAUAUUCAAGCAGAGGAGGCCAAGCGGUUGGCCAACGAACUCAUAGAACAGCAAAGGCGUCGCGAAGUAGAACAGCAACAGGCUGCCAUAGCAUCAAAUGUGGGUGGCACGUGUGGCCUGUCCAACAUCUGGGGAACUGCCAAUAAGGCUUGGAAUGCAUCCACCUCUUCUUCGCUUUCAUUGUCAACAGGUACUCGUCUAUGGGAUGAUCCCAGUUCCCCGUCGGUCAAUCAAAUUAUUUUGCAACCGUCUGCCAGUGCCAGUGGCGCUGGACCAAUCACUGCUGCGGCAGUUCUAGCCGCUGGUCUGAAUUUGGCGGAAAAACAUAGCAUACACGCACAGCCAAAAUCGACAACUGUCUUAGAAUCACCGCGGAAUUUGCGGAAGAGCCAGACCUUGCCGAGCAUGCAGAACGUGGCAAAAACGACCAAACCUGUUGGUGGACAACAACAGCUUCCGGAGAAGAACAAAACGAGUCAGGUAAGGCCGAAUCCGAAAGCGGCACCUACGGCGGCAGAAGAAAAGGACAAGGAUAGAAAAUCGAUUGGUAAGGGGUCCAUAGACCAGGCCAGCAAUAAAGGUAAUGAAUAUGAAAACGAGUUUACUAGCUGGUGUAUGAGAAGCUUGGACAAUAUGACCGCCAAAGUGGAUGUACCCACGUUUGUUGCAUUUUUGCAGGACUUAGAGGCACCAUAUGAAGUGAAGGACUAUGUGCGCAUAUACCUUGGCGAGGGAAAAGAAUCUUCGGACUUUGCCAAACAAUUUUUGGAGCGGCGCAGUAAAUACAAGAGUUUGCAGCGUGCUCAAAACGCGCACAAUGAUGAUAUGUGCAAGCCCGCUCCGGCUAUAACACCAUCAGGGAACGAUAAUACCGAAAGCAAUAACAAGCAGAAGAAAGUCAAAAAGAACAAAAUGACUAAGUUGGACGCACGAAUUCUCGGUUUUUCGGUAACCGCUGCUGAGGGUCGCAUUAAUGUUGGCGUUCGGGACUAUGUCGACGGACCAUAACAACUCCGCAAGCGGCAACGACAACCUCAAGUUUCUUAUAGAAUGAGAAACCCUAUUAAAUAUAGAUUUGAAUUGAAGGCCGGCUAAUAAUUGGACUUAACCGUUGUUCAAAAUAAAUCCGUAUAUACAUGUAUAA